UUGGGGAGUGGAACUCAGCUCCCUGCCCACGAUCCCCGAUCGAGACCCAUGGAUGUUCGCUGAGGAGGCCCUCUCGGAUGGGAAAUCUCUUUCGGGAUUCGCCGCGCCACACCAAUUAUGACGGCAUCAUUUCUCAACGAGACAGUGUUUCCUACGAACAUAUUAUCCAUCAGUCGCUCGUGCGACAGUAAAGCGUGAGCGUGUGGCUCGCAGUACUAGUCAACUUCAGAUGGAAAUCAGUCAUUGGAUAGAUGAUCUCGCUCAACAGCUUGGGGAGCAAGCUUUGACCCGCUUAUCAGAUCGAUGUACACAAAGCACAGAGGAACACCUGCAGAGGCUCGCUGAUCGCUUCAAGGAAUUCGUACUCCGGAGUCUUGAGCACGAACAGGCCGGAGCAACUCAAGCUUCUCCCGGAACACAACGGGAUGUCGGCCCGCAGCGAAUUGACGCACCCCAGCGUGAGGAUAAUGCGCAGCAAAAUUCAACGGCACAGGAAACCGCUCAACAAGCCCCUGGGACACAAGUCAAGGAGGAAAAAAUCAACGAGAACUACUCGAGGCUGGUGCCGACUGAGGAUGCCGACUGCUCGACGAUGAGACCAGACAAUGAGUCGCGAAUCGCUUCCGGAUCAGGAGCUCAGGGUCUAGCUGAUUUGGUCUCUCCGUCGACGUCGUCCAGUUUGAGCGACAAGGUCCUGCCCUCGACCGUCGAAGGCGUGCCGAGAGUGCGGAGUCGAUCAGCGACGUUUUUUCGUCAUUUUUCGUUCCGAGGCUUGAGACGGAAUCUUUUCAGCAAUGGUACUCGAAAAGAGGAAGAACGCACAGAGACGACGGAAACUUCGGGUGUUGCCGGUGUUUUCGAUAAGCCGCUCAAGGGUGUCCGAUCCAAAAGCGAUCGCUCAAAACAACAUCGCAUACUGGUCGAGUGUUUGAAAGAAGACUUGGUCGACUUACUGUCGCCCGAUGAUGAUUCGACAAAUGUUCGCGGCCAUAAAUGGAUGAGAUGUCGAAUCGUCUUAGUACGAGCCGCGGCGGGAUAUAUGGUAGAGUUCUACGUUCCUCCUAAAGCAUUCAAAGCCAAAAAAGGUGUUUUCUGUUUCCUGCUCACCGAAGUCCGCGAAACCACGGCUCUCGAGAUGCCUGAUCACGAGUAUACCUUCGUCCUCAGGGCACAGUCGCCGUCUAGCUCCGACGACACUUUCUCGAACGAGUACAUCGUGCAGGCAACGGACCAGUCUUCCAUGAGAUCGUGGAUCACAACGCUGAGGCAUUAUACGCAGAACAAAUCUAUUGACCAUUUGGCCAGAGAAACCUCGAUCUCAACGAUACCCGGUUCCUCACCACCGAACCUUCGUCCGAGAUCGGGGACUUCGACAUCGGAUACGUUGAACAGAUUGCGGGAGCAAGCGUCUAAGAGCCGCCAACCACCUCUGGAAGAUUCGCCGUUGCCUCCUCCAGCGAGUACGAGAGGCCUCGUUUCGCUGUCCGAUCAGACGAAUCAGCAAAAUCUUCCUCCCUUCCCAGAGCCUCCGGUUGUCGACAGCGGGGAAAUUCUCCAACAGCUGGUGGAUUAUCCUUGGUUCCACGGAACCCUGUCCAGACAGGAUGCUACUCAGCUGGUUUUGCGUGACGGGACGUCAGCACACGGUUUCUUUUUGGUACGACAGUCGGAGACUCGCAAGGGCGAAUAUGUACUCACAUUCAACUUUCAGGGUCGCGCGAAGCAUCUCCGCAUGACGAUAAAUUCCGAGGGAAUAUGCCAUGUUCAGCACCUGUGGUUCCAAAAUGUUUUCGACAUGCUAGAGCACUUCCGUCUCCAUGCAAUUCCUUUGGAGACGGGGGGAAGCUCGGAUAUCACUUUGACCGAGUACGUUCUAACGCAGCCAUUCAUCGUGCACAUGCCUCCAACGGAAGGCACCGCAGACAGCGACGACCAGCCCAGAGCAACGGGUUAUGAGGUCAGUAUUUCCGGUCUUCUUGACCAAAUCGCUUUCUCUUGACUGAAUUUCCGUCAUUCCUAGGUGGGCGUGGACAGUCUUCAGAGCUCCUGGGGUGGCUCGGUUCGGCAUCGGGUCGUCUCGCUGGAGAAUAUCGUCAGUUCCUCUCAACAGACACCGCACUCGAAUAACCAUCCUCCUAAAGGCCGUGCCGUUGAGAACACGUACUCCUUCGUCUGAAGGAUCCCCGACGCCAUUCGAGUUCGGAUCGAGUUUUUAGUCCACGUUCCCUCCAGCGGGCGAGAAUCCUCCGUCCGUUUCACAUCGCAAUGUUAUUCCGAUAAUAUAUAUUUUCGAGGGACUCUCCAGGAAACGAGCAGCUCCACUCUGCUGAUUGUGUCGAUGAAGAAAUGAUGUGACAUUGUGUGGAAGAACAGCUGGUGCAAACAAAGCAUAUAUUCUGUCUCGAACGAUAAUUUGUUCGACUCGAAAUCAAC